UGGCCCAAACUUAUUUUCUUUCCCUUAUUUUCAUAUUUUUUUCUUCUCUCUAACUCUAAGCAUUCUCUGGGUUUUUGACGAAAAACACAAACUUUCUUCCAAUCUCCACCGCAGAUUACAGUUACGGCGGCACCACUACCGUUCCCAGCCGUCAUCCAUUGUCAUCCUCUUCACCACCUUCUUUUCGUUCACAAAAUUAUAAAAUAAAGAAACACUGAAAAAUUGAUUUUGGAGCAACUUCUCCAUUUUUGGCCUCCUCUGCAUUUCUCCAUUCAAGAAACAAUUAAUCAAGCAACUAGUACUGAUUUUGUAGCCUUCAACAUCAAUAAAACAACCAUUAAGGAUAUUGUGGAGAAAUUUUUUAAACGAAAAUUACCAUCGGAUGAACAAUAUGUUCUAUUUCUCAACAACAACAUAUUGAAUUUAACUUGGAAGAGUAACCGUCAGAUCCUGGAAAGCGGCCUAAAAUGUCAGCAUAUCAUCCAAAUGAUAAAGAGAUAAUACGCAAAACAUAUUUACAAAGAGGACCAUGCCAACCUACUCAACAUAAUUUUCCCCAAAGAAAAAUAGGAAAUUUAAUGAGAAGAUUUUGUCCCUCUUGGUUCAAUGGGUUUGGAAAUUGGUUAGAGUAUAGUAUAGAAAAAGAUGUUGCAUUUUGUUUAUGUUGUUAUCUUUUUAGACCCGAUUUUGGAAAGUAAUCUGGCGGGGAUACAUUUGUAACAGAGGGAUUCACAAGUUGGAAUAAAAAAAGUAAUCUCGCAUUACAUGUUGGAGCCCCUAAUUGUGCUCAUAACAUUGCUUGGAAAAAAUGUCAAGAUUUGAUGAAUCAAAAUCAACAUAUUGAAGUUGUGAUAUCUAAACAAUCUGAACAAACUCGCGACUUGUAUCGAAGGCGGUUGACGGCUUCACUUGAUUGUCUUCGUUAUCUAUUGAAACAAGGAUUAGCUUUUCGUGGUCAUGGUGAAUCAAUAGAAUCUUCUAAUCAAGGUAACUUCCUUGAAAUGCUUAGAUGGUAUGCUGACAAAAAAAAGAAAGUGAGGCGAGUUGUAUUGGAAAAUGCUCCUGAGAAUCUAAAAUUGAAUUCUCCAACAAUUCAAAAAUAUAUUAUUCAUGUUGCUUCUUUGGAAAGUAAGAAAGCUAUUAUUAAUGACCUUGGAGAUGAAUUGUUUUCUAUUCUUGUUGAUGAGUCCAAGGAUAUAUCUGAUAAGGAGGAAAUGGCUAAUAUUUUACGAUAUGUUAACAAGUAUGGAAGUAUUGUUGAAAGGUUUUUAGGUAUUGCUCAUGUUAAACCUACAACAUCCUUAUCACUGAAAUCGUCCAUAAAUGAUAUAUUGGGCAAAAAUGGACUUACUACUUCAAGAAUUCGGGGACAAGGUUAUGAUGGUGCAAGCAACAUGCAAGGAGAGUUUUCUGGUCUUAAAAGUUUGAUAUUAAGGGAAAGUCCGUGUGCAUUUUAUGUACACUAUUUUGCUCAUCAAUUAUAACUUACUUUAGUUGCUAUUGCUAAAUAUCACCUUCAAGUUUGCUCUCUUUUUAGCUUAAUAUCCUCUAUAAUAAAUGUUGUUGGUGGAUCAUGCAAACGCAAUGACAUGCUUCUUGAAAGAUAGAUGAUCAAAGUUAGGGAUGCAUUGGAAAAUGGAGAAAUUGUUAGUGGAAAAGGUUUGAAUCAAGAAACUAGUCUUAAGCGACCUGCUGAUACUCGUUGGAGCUCUCACUUUACAACUUUGGUGAAUUUGAUAUUGAUAUAUAGUUCUGUAAUUGAUAUUCUUCAAAUGUUGAAAGAAGAUGUAUCCGCUAAAGAUGCACGAGGGGAAGCAAAUGGUCUUUUAAUUUUAAUGAAUAGUUUUGAUCUUGCACUCACAUUGCAUUUGAUGAAAAAUGUCUUAGGUAUUUCAAAUGAAUUAUCACAAGCAUUGCAAAAGAAAGAUCAAGACAUCGUCAAUGCUAUGAACUUGGUUAACAUCACAAAGAAACGACUACAAACUUUAAGAGAUGAUGGAUGGGAACCUUUAUUGGAGGAGGUACGUUUAUUUUGCAUUAAGCACGAGAUUUACAUUCCAAAUAUGGAUGAUAUAUUCCUCGUGGAAAAUCAAAGCGUGGAGGUAGUGCUCAAUCUAUCACAAUAAGAAAUCAUUAUCGCAUUGAAUUAUUCUAUACUAUUGUGGACAUGCAAUUUCAAGAACUUAACAAUCGUUUUAAUGAGACAAAUAGUGGAUUACUCAUUUGUAUGGCUUGUUUGUGUCCAAGCAACUUGUUCUCCUCUUUUAAUGAGGCAAAGUUGAUUGAAUUUGCGAAGUUUUAUCCAAGUGAAUUUUGUUACACUAGUUUGGUUAUGCUUGAUAAUCAACUUGAGACUUACAUCAUCGAUAUGCGUGGGAGUGUUGAAUUUGAAUCUUUGAAGGAAUAAGUGAUCUUUAAAAAAAAUUGGUUGAAAGUAAAAGACACAUUGUUUAUCCAUUAGUGUAUAAGCUUUUGAAGUUAGCAAUGAUUUUGCCGGUUGCCACAACAACCGUUGAACGGUCCUUUUCUGAUAUGAAGAUUUUGAAGACUAGAUUGCGGAAUCGAAUAGGUGAUGAAUGGAUGAAUGAUUGUCUUGUUACUUUUAUUGAGAAAGAUAUGUUCAACAAACUAGAUAAUGAGUUGAUUAUUCAACGAUUUCAUAACAUGAGACCAUGUAGAGGACAAUUAUAAAGUGUAGAUGAUAAUUAUUGAGUAUGUGUAUUUUUUUUAGUACAAUAUAAUUUUUUGAAUAUAUAUUAUUAUAAUUAUUAAUUAAUGUUCAACUGUUUGCACCCCUGGACCAGGUUCCUGGCUCCGCCACUGGUUCUCCGUUUUAUAAUAUUUCUUGAUUAAAAAAAAAACUAAGCAUAUCUUCUUGUCUAUCUAGCUAAACCAACCAACUGAGUAACAAAUAUAAGAAAUAUUUGCAUAGAUACAAAUUAAAUUGUUAGUGUUAGAAAUAAUAAAUAAGAAG